UAAAAAAAAAAAAUAACCAAAAAAAAUCCGAACCUAUUUUCCCGGUAACCCUUGGAAACAAUCCCCUCAUAAAUUGCAGCCUCUUUAACACGUAUAUAAUCCUUCCCUCCCAUCAAUCACUUCUAUUUCACACACCCUUUCCUCACUUCCAUUAUUCCCUCUCUCUCUCUCUCUCUCUUCAAUCCUCCUAAAAACAACCGAAACGCGUCGUCUUACGUCCUUUCCCCAUAUCACCCGCUUUUAAUUCUGCGCAAAAGCUGUCUUCCAGAAUCAUCAUAUUUUGAACCCCCACCUCCUUACUUACUUAUUGCUCCGAACUUUGGACUCUUUUUAUCCGAUAGCUUGGACCAUAAAAUAAAAUUAUUUACUAAUUAACAAAUUACGUAGCAAUCGACAAUGGGUAAAGGAAGCAGAGAUUGGUCACAGAUCUAUGCAAUCUACGGCAUGGAUGAAUGGCAAACAUUCUUGUUUCUAUUCUUCCAUGCCUUGAUCUUCGCUUCAUUCUCCGUGUUCAUCCUUCACUUCUUCGCUCCAUUUACGAGCGUCCUCUCUGCUCUUCGGGUGUUCGCUCUGCUGCCCCCGGGAUCUGCGAGGUUUGUCGCCGGCUUGAUCGGGUCGGUGACGGCUUUGAUCGCGGUGUGCUUGCUGUUUGCGGCGGCGAAUUUCUUGUACUCGGCUGUGCCGUUGCGGUGGGAGAUCUCUCAGCGGAUGAUCUCCGCUGUUACUGAUUGGUCUAAUGUUAAGACUGCUCUUGAUGUUGGUUGUGGAAGAGGUAUUCUCCUAAACGCGGUCGCUUUACAACUAAAGAAGCAAGGAUCAUCAGGCCGAGUAGUAGGACUAGACCAAAAGCGGUCCAUAACGUUACGAACGUUACGGACCGCUAGUCUAGAAGGGGUCCAAGAAUACGUCACCUGUCGAGAAGGUGACGUAAGGAGACUGCCCUUCCGAGAUGACUACUUUGACGUGGUCGUCUCGGGGGCAGCGAUAAGGCGGGCCGGGGGAAAGGAGGAGCGUGAGAGGGUGGUAGGGGAGAUGGUAAGGGUGUUGAAGCCAGGUGGGGUAGGAGUAGUGUGGGACCUACAGCACGUGCCAGAGUACGUGAGAAAAUUGCAAGAAUUACGGAUGGAAGAGAUUCGGGUAUCGGAACGCGUCACUGCAUACAUGGUUAGUAGUCAUAUAGUGUCGUUUCGGAAGCCUUGUUAUCAGCAAUUACAGAAUAUGGUGGGCCCUGUUUAUUCUUAUGCUGGGGAAGUCAGACUUGACUGGAGAUGCCACAAUUUGUGUUAAUCUUUCCUUAAUGAAGUAUUAGUACUUCCGUCAUUCACUUUUAGUUGCAUCAGUUUGAUGAGAAACUAUUACGGAGUUUUUUUUUUUUUUUUUACUUCUUUUAGGAUUUUGGGGAGGCGAAGCCAAUCCAAGAUUAUUAAGUGAGAAUUUAGGGUGAGUGAGAAAUAGGGGAGAAUAUAUUAUGAUGCUCUCAAUAGAAGGGAUUGUGAAUAUUGAAACUUGAAAGUAUAUAUACUAUUAGUAUUAGUAUUGAUAUUAGUCUAGUACUAAUUAAUCUCCCAAAUAAAAUAAGUCCUACUUGUGUGUAGAUGAGUUCUCUUGGAGAAGAUGGUAAUUCUACUAGAGUGGAUGUCUUUAAUUACUGGAGCUCAUGUAUACUUUUGAUACAGUACUAAUGUUUUGACUUUUACAUUUGUAACAUAUCGUUUGAGUUAAUGUAUACUUUUGAUAUAAUACCCAUAUUUUGACUUGUUGUAUCA